GUGCACUUGUCCCCCACCCCGUUGAUUCUACACUGUUGAAUAUCAAUGAGAUACCAGAUACUGGCAUUUCGUACAUGUUACCGGCCAAUUGGAAUCGUAUCGGUGGUCAUGCAACCGACCAAUUCCCGGCACUACAAAAAGGCUGGUGCAAAUCGAGGGAAGUCGUGGCGUUAGAGCCGAUCCUGCGAGCUUGUGCCUGUCAAUUCAAUCUAGAUAUGCAGGGAAAUACUAUAUCCAAUGCUAUUGAAACCAAUGAUUAUACUCCUACUCGGGGUGGCGAAAGCCCCGCGUAUGCAGUCCAGAACGUAGCCCCCGCCUUUUCCCCUUCACCGUUCACCAUGAACGACACGUCCCAUCAUUGUCUCUCAACUUCAGAACAUAACAUAACCUUUUCAUCUUCUCAACAGUAUUCUAAGGUGCCAGACUCAUAUGAUCUCCUCGGUCCACGGGGUGCGCCCCCUCAUCAAACGCUCAGUGAGGCGAAUGAGCCAGUACUGUCACCAACACUCUCGACAAUAAUUGGACCCCCAGUUUCACCAAAG